UAGAAUGCAGUUGGAACAUCUGCAAAGUAAAGUGGUGCAACUAAAAACUCAAGUCAGCAUGUGGAAGGCAGACCCCUUUUCAUCGAGCACUGAGAAAGAACUGCGGCAGUGUGGUGAUAUACAAUACGCAAGAAAAAUUACCAGCAUUCCUGCAAGAUACGAUUAUCGAGCAGAAACGUUCGAAAUAGAUGGAUCGUUCUACGUUAUGGUCGUUUCUUACCACGAUGUCAGCAAGUAUGGAAUAGACUCUAUAAUAUACAGUUUUGAUGGAAAUGCACUGGAGAUAUAUCAGAGUGUGCCAACCGAUGGGGCUAUUGAUGCAAAAUACUUUGAAAUUAACGGGCAGCGAUAUCUUGCAAUCGCACAACAUUACGGAGACAGAACGUCUCUUGGAUACGGAGUCAACUCUCAAAUACUCAAAUGGAGAAACAAAAGAUUUGAGCACAUUCAAUCUCUUCCAACGAAAGGCGCCUAUUCCGUUGCACAUUUCAAUAUUAAAAAUGACACUUUUAUAGCUUUUGCUAAUCAGUACGAUUCUUCCCACAGCGUAAAUUCGCAUGUCUACAAAUGGAUAUCUGGUCAGUUUGUAUUAUUCCAAUCAAUUCCUUCUUUGGGAGCUUUCUCAAUUAAGCACUUUCAAAUUGAAAACUUACAGUUCAUUGUCAUUGCUCAUCAAUACACAGGAUUAACAUACAACACUGAUUCUAAAAUCUACCUUUGGUCAGGAGCACAAUUUGAGAUAUUUCAGUCUAUUCCAACGUUUGCUGCACACGAUGUUGAAACAUUUACGUCGAAUCAAUUUACAUUUAUUUUGUUUGCUAAUUAUUACAACCAAAACACCAAGAGCAACAACAUUGAUUCCAUUGUCUAUAUUUGGAAUGGCGUUAAAUUUGAAGAAUUUCAAUCUAUUGCUUCCAAAGGAGCAACCGACUUUCAAGCGUUUUCAGCAUGUGACAAAACAUAUGUUGCAAUUGCUAACCAUUACGACGGCAGUUCCGGAGAAAUUUCUUCUGUCAUUUAUAACGUGAAUGGUGCUGUCCUUAAGCCUUACCAACAUAUUACUGUUGCAAACAUAAUUCGAUGGUUAUUGAUGUCGCAGCUGUUCAAACUUGUGCUGUUUUUUUGCGUCUGCCGAGCUAGAGCUGCACCAGCAAUUGAGGAAGUUCGAGUUCCAUUCACAUCAGGUCCAUGCACUCCUGAAACUGAAGGAACACUUCGUUGGUAUCACGACAAACAAAUGCUACAGGUAUGCAACAGUGUUGAGUGGGUUGGAGUCGAUGGUCACUCUUACCUAGUGGGCACAAAAGUCUCUCCUGCGCUGUCAUGCAAACAAAUCAAACAGCAAAGACCAGAGGUGGAAAAUGGAGUAUACUGGAUACAACCACCGGGAUCUCAGUCUGCCUUUCAGGCCUACUGUGAUAUGACAACAGACGGAGGUGGUUGGAUGCUCCUGUAUGCAUACAAACACAACGGAGGAACUAAAUUCGAUGUGAUUACUGCAUUGCCGACGAGCCCUGACGGAUAUUCACAUCAACUACUCAACAACAUGGGAAUAUCUGCAGGUUGGGCACAAGAGUUGAGAUUUUACUGUACAACAAGCCAUCACAAGCGAGUCAUUCAUUUUAAAACAAGCAAUAGAAAUAUUAUCCUCACAGCUUAUGACGGAAAGAAGCAUUUUUCUGCAUCAGACUGGAGCUCGAAAACCGAAAAGUUACCUGGACACACAGCAUACCUUCCAAAUACUGUCACCGGUGUUUGGUAUGCUACCCGACCAACACCAGGAUUUACAGAAUCUGUCUUUUACACUCAUAGUCGCUAUCAUUGGGCAAUUGCACCUACUCAAGGAGCUGGCCGUUUUGAAUGUGAUGACUAUCCAAACAAUCCCAAUUAUGACACGAUCCACCGAAUAUUUGUCAGGGAUUAG